AUGGUCAACAACGCCAAAAGCCAAGCUCUUGGUUGGGCUUGGGGGUUCAACUCUGUAAGGUACUGGGUGGUGUUCUGUGGAAGAAUUGAAGUGGUUUGUGAAAAGAAGGUUCUUUUUCGUUGGCGGUCAGCAGUCAGCCCAUUGGAGAAGAAGGAAACUGAAGAUGAUUUUCUUAGGAGGUUAGCUAAUCCAGAAUCUGGAUUGUUUGAUGAACAGACGGCAAAUAUCUUAUGGACAUAUUGCAGGGAAGAUUUAUUUCAUUUAAUCAAAGAUGUUGAGAAUUCCGAUUUAUGCCUUUCAAGGGAAUUAUCUGGAAUCACCAAUACAAUCAGUUCAAAGAUUCAACCAUUAGCACAAGAAGAAAUCCAAAAGUUUAUCAAUGCUUACUGUCCGCAAUUCAAGGAGAACAUUCUUCACUGUUUGAGAAAAAAUAAUCUUCCAUUACCUGUUUCAAGAAAAGAGGAUGAUUCCAAGAUUUGGCAUGUCAUUUGUUCGGGACCACUUUUUUCGAGAACCAGUGUUCCUGCAAGAAAUUUUGGUCGCAUUUUGCUCCAGCACAUAUCAGUAGCACUUAGCCCAGGCCCUGCACCCAGUUUAACACCAUCUUCUGAACCCAGUCCAGCACCAUCUUCUGAACCCAGUCCAGCACCAUCUUCGGGACCCAGUCCAGCCCCAUCAUCUGAACCCAGUCCAGCCCCAUCACCUCAUGCUCCCACACCUCAUCAUCUUCCUGGACUGCUGCAACCUUCUUUCGCACCAACAUCUUUUUUCCCAAAAUUGACACCUCCAGCAGCUUCAGAUAUUUCUGCUCCUCCAUCUUCGGACAUUCUCAAACAGGAAAAUAAUCAUAGUAAUAAAAAAACAGUUGUUCUUGCUGUAGUUAUAACUGCAUUGGUUACAUUUAUAGCUGCAGCACUUCUCUUUUUAUGCUGGAGCCGGUAUCGUAAGACUGGCCAUGUUAGACUAAAUGAUGAUAGGCCUCUUCUUAGCUUGAGCAUGAGUGACUACUCUGUUGGUAUGUAUUAUGUUACCAUUCAUUUGUACCUUGUUAUAAUAUGUUGUACUAGUCUUGACAAAGUGGACUUUUAUCUUACAGGUCCUUCCAGUUAUUCUUUUGGAAAUUCAGUGAAAGGGGAGAAACUUGCGUUUCAGUCAUCUAGUAAUAGUUUAGUAGAGAAUAAGAAGUACUCGGUGCAAGAAAGUCAGUCAAUAGGAGCUCUUAAUGCUGCUACAGGAUCACCAUUUGAACUGAAACCUCCUCCCGGGAGGCUAGGAAUCAUCCCUUCUGGAAUGCCUCCUUUAAAACCUCCUCCGGGCAGGUUAAACCCUCUUCCUCCUGAACCACCUUCAUUUAGGCCCUCUGGUAAUACUGCCCCGGCAUCUACUACUGCCAUUGCUGCUGCUGUUCCUCCUCGUGCCCCUCAAAGGCCUGCCAUGAGUAGCAUUCCACCACCCCAACUGCCAAUGGGUGCCAAACCUAGCCCGCCCCUACCACCACCACCAGCACUAGCUGGUUCCAGACCAGGUCCUCCUCCACCACCUCCAGCACCAGCUGUUUCCAGACCUGGUCCUCCUCCUCCACCACCUCCAGCACCAGCUCGUGUCAAACCUGGUCCUCCUCCGCCACCACCCCCAGUACCAGGUGGUGCCAAACCUGGUCCUCAUCCACCACCACCUCCUAUGAAUGGUGUAGCUCCUCCUCGACCUCCUCCAUUUGGCUCAAAGGUGCCACGGCCUUUGGCCAGUGGAUCAAAAGCUGCAGUGGAAGCCAGUGUUGAAGGUGAUGCUGAUGCUCCCAAAGCCAAGCUAAAGCCCUUCUUCUGGGAUAAGGUUCAAGCAAACCCAGAUCAAUCGAUGGUUUGGAAUCAAAUCAAAUCAGGAUCAUUCCAGUAA